AUGAAGACCAAACAGCAAACCAUUCUUUUCAUUUGUUUAUUACAAGGUGUUUGGUGUGGAGAUUUAGAUUGGAGCAUCAGUCUGCCAGAGAAGAUUGAAGCUCUGAGUGGAUCCUGUGUGACCAUAAACUGCACAUUUAAUAUUGAUAACAAAUAUGACAAUGAUCUCACUGACAGUGCUGCAGGAGUGUGGCUUAAAAAUGAGGAUGAGACAAACAGAGUGUUUGAUUCCAACAAGUCUGACAACCCAUUUAAGGGGAACAUAACUGGAAAAUUAAAAGACAAGAACUGUACUACCAUUUUUAAUGACGUUAAUUUAAAUCACAAAGACAAAUUUAAAUUCAGGCUCGAGGGUAAUGGUGGACUGAAAUGGACAUAUCAACAAAAAUCUGUUUCAAUAGAUGUGAUCGACUCUCCCCCCAAACCCACAGUGCAGAUGUUUAAGGAUCAGAUGGCGGUUGAGGUUCAUGAGGAGGUGUUAGAGGUGAGCUCUAUGUGUCUGCGCUGCUCUGCUAAGACUCUCUGCUCCUCUUCUCCACCAACUCUCACAUGGAGCCCCCAUGACAGACUCCACCUCAAUGACAGCAGCAGACUACAGCUGGAUCAACAGAAACAAACUGAGAUCAUCUCUGAUCUGAACUUCACUGCUACUCACCUUCAACAUGGAGUCACUUUCAUCUGCACUAUAACCUACCAGAUACAGGAGAGGAAGACAACAGCACAGAACAACAUCAUAUUACAUGUUCGGUAUGCUCCUGAAAACACAUCAGUGUCUGUGUUUCCAUCUAACUCUGUACUGGAGGGCAGUUCAGUGACUUUAAACUGCAGCAGUGAUGGAAAUCCAGCAGUGCUCAACUACACCUGGUACAGAGAGAAUGGAGGACAACUGGAGACUGGAUCUAAUCCCACCUUUAAUGUGACUAAUCAUACACACACAGGACACUACUACUGUCAAGCCAGAAACCAACUUGGUAUCCAAAACACAUCUGUAAUGCUGAACAUUCAGUUACUGGAGGGCAGUUCAGUGACUUUGAUCUGCAGCAGUGAUGGAAAUCCAGUAGAGUACACCUGGUACAGAGAGAAUGGAGGACAGCUGCAGACUGGAUCUAAUCUCACCUUCAAUGUGACUAAUCGUACACACACAGGACGCUACUACUGUCAAGCCAAAAACCAACAUGGUACCCAAAACAUAUCAGUGUUGCUGGACAUUCAGUAUGCUCCUAACACAUCAGUGUCUGUGUUUCCAUCUAACUCUGUACUCGAGGGCAGUUCAGUGACUUUGAUCUGCAGCAGUGAUGGAAAUCCAGCAGUGUUCAACUACACCUGGUACAGAGAGAAUGGAGGACCGCUGCAGACUGGAUCUGAUCUCACAUUUAAUGUGACUAAUCGUACACACACGGGACGCUACUACUGUCAAGCCAAAAACCAACAUGGCACUCAAAACACAUCAGUGUGGCUGGACAUUCAGUAUGCAGCCAAAAUCUCUCUCUUCAGCUGUAACAGAACUAAUGUAACUGUGUGUUUGUGUGAGGCUCAUGGGAAUCCCUCUCCUAAAGUGGAGUGGUUUCUAUCAGGACGCCCUGUCAGUAACUCUACAAACACAUCCAUCAGUGAGGAGCGAUUGAACAGCACAGACUUGAGGAGCUUCAUUUCUCUCCAUCAGUCACUUACACACACAGACACUCUGCAGUGUGUCACCAUCAACACUCACAGCACUGCCAGUCAUCAGAUUCAACUGCAUCCCUGUUCUCAUGAGACAAAUUGUCAGCAGACUUUAAUUCCACUCCUGAUCAUCUUAACACUGAUUCUUAUCCUGUAUGCUCUGACUGUUGGAUUUGGACUUUACAGAAUUAGACAAUUGAACAACAAGCUGAAGGUUCACAAUGAUGCAGGCACAUAUGCUUCUCUUCAGCUCUCUGCUCCAGUGUCUGAAUAUGAGACUUUGAAUAUUAAGAAAGAUGACACACAAUAAACAACAAAUAAUCAUUUGGCAUUUUCACCUUAUUUGUCCCUCUGCCAAAAAAUAUGGGUAACAAUGGGGCCUCUAUUUUUAUUCAUAAUAAAUAAAGUUUACUUUUUACUCCACUUUCCUGCAAUUGUGCAGCUUUGACGUUAGUAUUUUUUUACAUGUAAGUGAUUAAUCUGUGAUGUUUACAUCUACAGCAAAAGACAAAAAAUACCAGCACUCUUUCACAUGCUUAAAGUAACAAUAUCUAAAAAUAAAUAUAUCCUACAUCCAGUGGCGUAGCGUCUGGGCAUGCAGGGUAUGCAUGUGCAAAUGGGCCCGGGCCAAUAGGGGGCCCAGCCCUGGGCCCGCCCCAGCUUUAAAAAAAAAAAUUCAAUUUCAUUUUUAUUUGUGGCUGCAAUAAAUAUAUUUUGUAUG